CAAACAGAAUUUUAGUCUCUACGACCAAUUCAACCAAAAGCAGCAGCAUUCGCCAGCGUUGGCUUUGUUAGCUGUACAAAUUAAGCAACAUUACUUAACCUCAAAAGAUUGCGUGCCUUUACUAAAAUAAAACAUGGCGCAAACCAUACAAAUGACCAGCGAGCAACUGCGUGAGCUCAUUGAGGCAGUGCGCGUGUCGGCCACCAGCGCUGCUGGCGCAGCUGCUGCCAGUGCAGAGGGCUCUACGUCCAAGACAAAGGGCAGCUUCAGCGCUUGCACACAUCGCUUUGGUGGCGCUCGCAGUCACGAUGUGGUGGAGGAGUUCAUAACCAAUGUGGUGACAUACAAAGAGCUGGAGGACAUAAGCGACGAGAACGCACUUAAGGGCAUAUCGCUGCUGUUCUACGGCAUUGCAUCCACUUGGUGGCAGGGCGUGCGCAAGGAAGCCAAGACCUGGAAUGAUGCCAUCGGGCUCAUACGCGAGCACUUUUCGCCAGCCAAGCCGGCAUACCAGGUCUACACAGAGUUCUUUGAAUGCAAACAGGACGAAGCCGUGGCAAUAGACACCUUUGUGGUGGAGAAACGCGCGCUGCUCGCACAAUUGCCAGAGGAUCGCCACGACGAAGAAACCGAACUGGACUUUCUGUAUGGCCUGCUGAACAUCAAAUACCGCAAACACAUUCCACGUGUGGGCGUCAAAACAUUCCGCGAUCUGCUUGAGCAGGGACGUGUCAUCGAACACAACAACCAGGAGGAUGAAGCAACGCCCAAGGGCCCGCUACGUGGUGCACGUCAAACAGAACGCUGCACCUACUGCAACUUCCGUGGACACACCAAUGAAACCUGCCGCAAGCGUAAAAACCAGGCGGGAACUAAUGAGUAAAAGGCAAAUCACACGCAAACCACCACUGGCGUGACAUCAUCCAACAGCAACAGAGCAACAAAAGCUACAACAACAGCACACUGAUGUCAUAGCCACAACAACAACAAAAGCUCUCUUCGCCGCGCUGGCUACACAUUGGAUAAAAGAGCAAGAGUUGAAGCAGCUUUUUAUCGCCCAUGCUACUCACAUGCUCAACAACCAAGUGAAUUGCCGGCAAGCGUUGCAGCGCUUUCAACAACAACAACAACAACAACAACAAUAAUAACUACGCCGCCGCAGCGGCUAAACACUUUUCUGGCUACGAACGCCAGCGUCGAAUUGAAAAUUUCAAUUCACCUUGAAUAUUGCAACUACAAAUGAACUCUCGAGCGGCAGGACGGGUUAGGGAGUGGGUGCACGCAUUUCGCUCCUAGGCCAAAGUGUUGCGCCCUUGCUACCCGCACAACUGGCUAACGGUUAUUGGGCGUUACUGGGCUUCUAGGCUGUAGUUUCUAAGGGGGUCUACAGUUCUGGUUGUUUGGUGCGUUGGAUGCCGCUAGCUUCGUUGUGUGUGGUCAAGGGUGCAGCACUUCAGGCUGUGAUGAGUGUUGCGUGCGCUUGCUCGCUCUCUUUGCUUCUGCUGCUCAAAAAACCCGCUGCCUUAGGCUUGUGCCCGACGCUGCGUGGCUGUGAUAUAUACGUGGAACUCAAGUGUGUUGGCAGGCGCAGCUUUUCUAGCCUCGGCUGGCGAGGCUGUCUCUUGUUCAGCGCUUGUUGUCUUCGUUUGUGUUGCAGCUGCGCUUUGUCUGGUCCUUUCCUAAGGCAGCAAACCCAAAGCCCCUGUCAAACGGCCCGUUGGCUUCAGUUUCUUAUGCGUGUUUCAAGUUAGGCGCGAGGCUUCAGUUUGUGCCCAGUGGACAUGCUCACGGCAUGUGGUAAGUGUGUCUUGAUGCAGUGGUAGUGUAUCUUGAUGCACUGCCGCAUGUUUGUGGGUAUGGACAUUGUGUAUAGGCUGAAGUUAAGCGUCGGGAGUGAUUCUUGCGCAUUAGGGACAGCUGCUGGCGUUUCGUUGGCACCUCACACAUUUUGAUUAAAUCAAACAAACAAAAACUGACUUUUUAAGUCAACUUUUAAUUGAACCACUUUGCACUACAAUGGCUAUGCUGUCGCCAUUCGUGCAAUGGCACGCUAAGUCCUACUCUUUCCCGUGACUGCUCCUUGAAGCUUUCACUUUGAAAAGUAUGCAUUAGGCACGCCAGCUACCUCUCUCGCUGCUUGGAACUCGUCGUUGCUCAACUGCUCCAAAAAGCAGCGGCUCUUCCAAGCACUCACUUAUUAAUUGUAAAUCGCAGACUCUUGUGCAAACACCUUGGAUGCCAUUAACGCAGAAACCAAUAACUGGAAACCAAAGUUAAGCAGUGUGCACGCAUCUGGAGCAUUGACGCACUCAAGCUGCCGCAACUUAAAGUUUCCAGUUUCAUAUAAAAUGCAAAAGCGUUUUCUUUUUUUUUUCCGGCAUUUGCACUUUUAUAGGCGUCCAAGGCUGACCACAAGAGCCUGCGAUAAGCUUUGUUAAACAAAUAUAUGUAAGACUGAAUUUUGAAAACACAUAUAAUUACAAAAAUUGCGUAAAAAGAAAUACAUAAUACGCACAAAAACCAAAA